CGGAACGGGUCAAGACUGCCUUAUGAUUCGUCCCACUUGGGGCUGGCUGCUGGAUGACUUCGCUUGCACAUUUUCAUGCUGCGAUUUUCGCCCAGUAUGCUCAAGAUCUUCAACGCGUGGUUUGUGCGCCGUUCCAUACGACCUGGUGGGCACGCAGUGCGUUCACCUUCUGCUAAAAAGUUACAACUUUAUCAAUGCACGCACCGCGUGUGGGUCAACAGGAGGAGAUUUGAUAAUUCUAGAUGACUGCGACCAGUACAGCAAGGUUAUCAAAUACCUCAUGGAGCAAGGCUACAGCCCUGAUGGAUAUUGGAUCGGUGGCUCCGAUGGGGCAUUGGAAGGGCAAUGGCGCUGGAUUGACGGUUCUACAAUGACGAUGGGGCUUCCGUACUGGGCAAAUGUUGGGGUAGGAACUCCAGAGCCCGACAAUCCCGGCGUAGAGAACUGCCUGGAGCUAAGCUCCCAGUGGAUGUACCGCUUCUCCAACACGCUGUGCUCCAACACGCGACGUGUGAUCUGCGAGGCGCAGCCCCUCUAGAUCUGCGCGGCGCAGACCCUCUAGAUCAGCGAGGCGCAGCCGCUCUAGAUCUGCGAGGCGCAGCCGCUCUAGAUCUGCGAGGCAAACAUCCUCUAUGUCUGCGAGGUGAAGACCCUCUAGAUCCUGCGAGGCGCAGUCUCUCUAUGUCUGCGAGGCGCAGCCCCUCUAGAUCUUCGAGGCGCUGCCUCAGUAGAUCUGCGAGGCGCAGCCCCUAGCUCUAGAUCUGCGAGGCAAACAUCCUCUAUGUCUGCGAGGCGAAGACCCUUUAGAUCCUGUGAGGUACAGCCCCUCCAUGUCUUCGAGGCGCAGCCUCAGUAGGUCUGUGAGGCGCAGCUCCUCUAAAUCUGAGAGUUGCAGCCUAUAUAGAGGUAGAUUUUCGUCUAUCAAAGACAAACGAGCUUCUAAAGACUGUGUUCUCCUCCAUAGAAGGUCGCUCAGGACCUACACUUCCUUUCUUCCGGAACUUUCAAUGUUUGAAGUGACCACAAAAAGGUUUUGUGUCUCACCCCUAAAAAUGCAAAUUUCCCUGAAAAUUUCUCCUCUUGAAAAAAAUUUUAUUAUAAUUACGAGUAUAAAACGUGAUUAAAUAACUUUCAAUGAUUGAAAAUUCAAAUUACCAUCAAUAUUUUUAACUUUUACAA